AUGCACAACAGUGUGUUGAAUUUUCGGGCCAAGGACGAUGCGGCCUCGCUGGGCCCAUAUCGCGACCAGAGAUUCAAGGGUUCAUUGCGUGAGCAGGAAAUGCGAUUGGCUACUUCUAAAACUCUGUAUGUUGGAAACAUGUCAUAUUACACCACCGAAGAACAGGGUUCACUGCGUGAGCAGGAAAUGCGAUUGGCUACUUCUAAAACUCUGUAUGUUGGAAACAUGUCAUAUUACACCACCGAAGAACAGAACGCUGAAUUAUCACGUAAGGUGUUUGAGAAAAAGUUAUGA